AUGCAGACUUUCUUACAAAACAACUCUUUCCCAUCCAUCUGAGCUAAAAGCAGAAAGCUGGCAGGGCUGAAUUGUCAACGAUGGAAAACAUUUGCUCUGGCUGUUGGCUCAUAGUGGGCUAGUGGUGUCUCUGUCGAUUGCACAGUGAGGAUGGCGUAUCCGGGGAAAUCGCCCCUGAGGAGAUCUUUCAGUGAGCAUAUCAAGGUUUCUACCAACAAAGCUUGGGAUGUCUUUUGGAAGAGUGCACGAGAAAAGCGUCUAUCAGAAAUUGAGGCCAAAGAAGCCUGCGACUGGCUGAAGGCUGCUGGAUUCCCCCAGUAUGCUCAGAUGUUUGAAGAUAUGCAGUUUCCUGUUGAUAUCAACUCUGUGAGAAAAGAUCAUGAAUUUUUAGAUAAAGAUGAAAUAGAAUCCUUGUACAGACGUUUAAAUACAUUGAAUAAGUAUGCAGCAAUGAAAGUGGAAAUAAAUCGACCAAGAAAGCGGAGUGAUGACUCUGAAGAGGACGAGCCUUGUGCAAUAAGUAACAAAUGGACCUAUGAGAAACAUACUCAGAGAUGGUCUCGUCUGGGGAGCUCAGAAGGGUCAUUGGCACCAGUUCCUGACAAUUUGAGACUCAACAGUUCUGGUAGUGGAGAUAUAAUCUUUUCUGACCAUGGAGAACGAAAUGAUGGGUCCUCUGUCCACAGUUCCAGCAGUGGAGAUAGUGAUUUAAUCAGCUUUCCAAAACCCUGUGGAGAUACUGAGACAAGCAGGAGCUCCUCAAGAUGUUCUUCAAAUAAAUUGGCAUCAAUUGACUCCACCUUCAGCUGCUCUUCUUCUCCUUGUGAAACUUUGAAUAUAAUUAGUGAGGACAAACUCUUGGAGAAACCAUCCCAUAAAAAAGGAAGAAGUUUCUUAAAGAAAAUGGAGAAGUUGCGCCUGAGAAGUGGCAAUCUGAAGAGCCAAGCACAUUCAAAGACCAUACCCAUUAUUAGCGAACCUGUUCUGAUAGAGGGUCUAAAUGAAGAAAAGUUGAGAAACCUCAACUGUGUAAGUAUUUCAGAUGUGUCGGUGAGUCAGGUGAGUCAUGCUUCUGAUUCCCCACAGACUUGUAGCAGCACCAGCAGCAGCCAGUCUGAAAACAGUAGCACAAUGAGUACUCCAAGUCCUGUAAUCAAAAUGAGAAGACACAGCAAAAGAGGAGGAAUAUAUGCAGAAGACUUGGAUUCUGGGAAACUUUCUUUGUGGGGUGAUAUUUCUCGGCAUAACCUGAAAAAUGAAAACCACGUGGAGAAGAACAAAGUAUUUCAAGUGCCACAAGGCCAUAAGCCAGGGACUUUUCCCAAAGCACUUACCUAUAGCCUCUUGUCCCCUGUAGACAACACUUCCGUGAACUGGAGAACUGGGAGUUUUCAUGGAUGCCGGAGAAACAGGGUUCACCGUAGUUCUCAGGACUCUGAAACUCCACCUGGCUCUCUUUCAUUGAUGGAUAACAGACUGAGUAUAUAUGACAAUGUGCCUAACAUUCAUCUUCACAAAAUGAGUGCACCAGAGAUAGGUGAUGAUGAUGUUUUCGCAGAGCUGGACAAUGUUGUGGAACAUGUGAAUGGGCUUAGGAAGUUGGUUAGUCAAUGGACGGAGAAGUUAUCUGACGAGGGAGACUCUGAUUCUGCCAGCCACUCCAACCAGUCCACCUCUCCUUGCCCAUCAUCCCCUAAGGAGAUCCAUCUUGAGAUUAAAGAACAUUCAGAGAAGAAAAUGGCAGGAUUUCCAGUUAUUGAGAGUGACGAUUGCAAACCUAUUGAUGAACACAGCGUCUUGGACCUGGCAUAUGUCAUGGACUCAGGAGCAAGACCAACGUCAGGACAUUCUAUCAGCCACGGCAGAAGACACUGGUCAGCUGGGGAUGGCACAGACCUGGAAAGUCUUUCUCUUCAAAUUGACUGCCAGUCUGCGGUCCACCUCAAUCGAAUGCAGAAACUUGCAUUGCUAAAGUUAACUUCUUUAAUGGAUAAAUACUCUCCUUCCAGCAAACAAGGAUGGAACUGGACUGUUCCAAAAUUUAUUAGAAAAAUGAAAGUUCCUGAUUAUACGGACAAAAAUAUAUUUGGAGUACCAUUACUGCUAAAUGUCCAGAGAGCUGGCCAUCCACUUCCAAAGAGCAUACUUCAAGCCAUGGACUACUUAAGAAGAAAUUUUCUUGACCAGGUUGGCCUUUUUAGAAAAUCGGGUGUUAAAUCAAGGAUACUUUAUUUAAGGGAAAUGAAUGAAAAUGAUCCAAGCAGCAUCACUUAUGAGGGGCAAUCAGCUUUUGAUGUGGCAGACAUGGUGAAGCAAUAUUUCCGAGAUCUUCCAGAACCUAUAUUCACAAGCAAACUUUGUGAAUCCUUCCUUCACAUCUAUCAGUAUCUGCCAAAAGAUCAGCAAUUUUGUGCUGUCCAAGCUGCUAUUCUUCUGCUUCCAGAUGAAAACCGUGAAGCUUUACAAACUCUGCUAUUCUUCCUCAGGGAUGUAGUAGCAUUUGUGGAGGAGAACCAGAUGACUCCAGCCAACAUUGCUGUCUGUCUGGCACCAUCUUUGUUUCACCUUAAUACCCUGCGGAGAGAGAGUUCUUCAUCAUCUAGAUCCAGUCAGAGGAAAUACAGUAUUGGGAAACCAGACCAAAGGGAUCUGAGUGAGAAUUUGGCUGCAACACAAGGGCUGGGCCAUAUGAUAAUGGAGUGUCACAGACUCUUUCAGAUACCUGACUAUUAUUUUGAUCAUGAUCGUGAUGAUUUGCAAGUUCCCCAUAAUUCAGAGGAAGCAGUUCUGCCCCAAACCUCCAUGACCAGGCACUCCAGCACAGUGACAUCCCUGGAACACUCCAUGCAGGACCUGCUCCGAGAUGCCAAGGAAAAGUUCAAGAACUGGGUCGCUUGCCCCACCUUAGAAGAAGGAGUAGAUGCAGCAUAUAAAAAGGUGGAUGAUGACAACCAUAUACGGUUAUGGAAAGCUUCUGUUGAAAUUAAUGCUGCCCCGAAAGUAGUUUUAUACCGGAUAUUGAUGGAGCAUCACCUGUGGGAACCAAAUCUUCAGCAAACAAAAAUCCUAGAGAUCUUGGAUGAUGAAACUGACAUUUACCACUACUCAACAGAGAAUAUGUUUCCACUUCCACCGCGGGAAUAUGUGGUCCUGAGGACUUGGAGGACAGACCCUCAAAGCGGCACGUGUGUGUUAGCAGCUACCUCAACCAAUAGUGAAAACACUACUGUGAAUGGGAUCUUAGCUGAAGUUUUUCUUUGCCAGUUCCUUAUAGAAGCUGUUGGCUCUCAGAAAUCCAAAGUGACACAUGUCUGUCGAAUAGAUACCAGGGGCCGGACAACAGAAUGGUACAACAGGGCUUUUGGUCAUUUGUGUGCUGCAGAACUGACACGGAUUAAACAGUCAUUUAAAUCUUCACCUUACUGAAACCAAACCAAAAAUAACCACUUGACACUUUUAGAGAAGAAGGCGAUGUGUGUGGUCCGCGGCUGCCCUUUUCAAAGCCUGAGACUAAGCUGAUUAUCCUUUGUUAAAGCUUUUACGAACUAAAAGAGCAAAUAUAUAAAUGUAAUGUUAAAUAAUACCCUUUAACCGACUGAUACUAUGCACCGUUGCUUAUCACAUACAAAUUUUAUAUGAAGAAAAUUGAAUUAUUUUGAAUAUUGCAUAUCAAAGUAAGUUAUUUAAAAGGAAUGUCUUGCUAUGGUCUAAAUAUAUUUUAAAUAACAUGUAAAUGUGAGAUUUUAUAUUUUUCAGAUAUUUUAUAAACAACAAAAAGUGAGAAUAGUAUAUUAUCUUUUACACUUCUGGAGUUUAGAAUGUUGGGAUUUCUGGUUUUAGUACGAUAGCUGAUUAGGAAUUAAUGACACCCAUAUAGGAAGUUAUGUUGGACCUCUAGUUGCAAAUACUUGUGCCACAAUGUAGGUAAGAAGACAUCUGUUUGAGCUUUUACCUAAAUUCAGAGUUAUGUAGGAAUGUUUCUAUAAGUAUAUUGUCAGCAAAAUGGGUGCUUUGAGAUAACAAUAGUCUAUUCAACAAUGAUCAAGGUAACAUCUCAUAAAGCCAAAAAUGCUGUUGAAUGCCAAACUCCUUUGGAAGCAACAGCAGUCUUGCCCCAGGUGUAUAUCAAGUAGUAGCACUAUGUAGGGAACAGAGUGCCACUGGGAUCUCACCACAUAAUCUUGUAAUGAAGAAUAGUUCAGAAUAGUUCUGCAUCAUGGUGGGUGGUGUGUUUUUAGGAUGAGAACCUGCAUUAGAUGUGUUGUAGUUUGGUGCAGGUGGAACCUAUCAAAGAAAUACAUUUCUGUUCUCUCCCAUUCCACAAGACUUAUCCCCCCUCUACAGGGGGCCCUCCUUCAUGGCCAUUUAUUGAGCAGGAGAAGCAUGCAUCUCUAUAAACCAGAUGAAUACACCAGGCGUUGGUAUCAUCUGAGGACACCCGAGAGAUCUCCUGUCACUUUGUCUGGUUAUAGGCACAUAGACAGAUGCUUCCCUGAAACAAAACAUGGCUUUGGAAGAAGGCCCCUUGGGGAGAGGAAGGCAAGUACUGAGAGGAUUUGAGUAUUACGUGAGGUAGGUUUCCAUUAUGCCUGUGUAGAUGCCAGUUAUGUAUUUGUGUGAAAAAGAAUAACAUAGCCGAUUGGGUUGUAAAGAGCAGUGCUGGCAAACGUUCUCAUUUUCCAUUGAACUUUCCCCAUGCAGGAGUUCACAAACUUACAAUGCUUGAUCAAACGCCAGUCUUUGCCUUUAAGGUUUCUAAGACACCUUCGUUCCUUUCUAUGGAAUGGGGACAUCCCAGUUAACCUGCAAAGUACAAUCACUUCACACGUACCAGUCCUACUUUGAAGUGAGCUGGUCUUGAGUGAAGCUGACUUGCUUCAUAAAAUGUCAUAAUGAAUAACUAAAGUUCUUAGACUGGUACAAAGACUACUGUGAGUAGUUUUGCAGCAGCUUCUAAAUGUUUUACUUUGUAGCUUUUAAAGCAGUCAUGGGCAAACUUUGGCCCCCUCGGUAUUUUGGAUUUCAACUCCCACAAUUCUUAACAGCUGGUAAGAUGGCUGGGAUUUCUGGGAGUUGAAGUCUAAAACACAUGGAGGGCCAAAGUUUACCCAUUCCAGAUUUAAAGCCUUUUACCGCCAUACACCAUGAAGUAUUUCAUCACUCCUUCAGUAGGAAAAUUCCAGCCCUGUGCAUACAUAGAGAACCAGAAGUUGAACAGGGAUCUUAUUCAGCAUGUAAGGGUAAAUUAUGUUUAGUAUUUUUUUGUACAUUUCAUUCCCCUACUAAUGGGAUUUUAAAAAUAGGCCAAAAACACUAGUACAUUCAGCAGUAGUAAAGCAAGUAGCCAGGUGACCUCCUUGUGCUACAGUGAGCAAAUAUUUCAGUUCUGAUCUGUUGUCCAAAAAUUUGAAUACAAGAGGAGGCCUUGCAAUUUUAACAUUGUUUCCGUUUGCCAAAAACAGAAGACCAACAUUUUCAAUCCUUAGGCAUAGGAAUGGAAUAUUUCAUCUAAUUUUUGAAUUGGAAAUGAGUGUAAAGAAAAUAAACAUAUUCCAGCUUAUUAUACAUGCAAUAUUUUAAACCUGUAACAUCCGUCUGUAUUUGCAAAUUAUUCCCACUGUAAAAUACUAUGGCAAUGAUUAUAAGUUCAGACAAGGCACCUUUAAUAAAUGGUGGAGCACUCAAUGACUGCAUUACUGACUUGUGGCACAGGCAGUUUUGCUCACAAGGACUUCUCUGCAACCCUUGGUGUUAGAUGUCUUUCCAGCUGUUGCAGUGUACAGUUUGUUAAGCUGUUUUAGGCCAUUCCUCUUGUUAAUAAAAGACUUGUGAUGGACUUUUUUUUUUUACUUUGGGAAGACAAUUCUGUGAAACCUUGUCCUUUUUCAGUUGACUAUAGUUGUUUAAAUAUUCCAAAUUGUAUUCUGCAACUUAAUAAACUUGAUCUUCGCCGACAGGA